UGUUUUUGUUAUGGUUUUUGAAACAUUCAUCAAGUUGGAAUAUUUGAGAUUUUAUUUCGAUAUUGGUCGUUGACCACACUGAAUCUAAGUAGUUCUAUUUCGUCUUUUCCGGUGUAAAGGUUAAUCCAGAGUGCGCUAAAAUGAGUGACACAACGGCAGUGCUCCUUAAGGCAUUUCAAAUGUUCGAUUCCAAGAAAUCUGGACGAAUUGAAAACGAAAGGGUUCGCACAAUUUUAAGUACACUUGGACUUCGUUUUACCGAUGAUGAAUUGGACGAGCUUAUUGAUGCUGAAGAUACCGGUGAUGGAACUAUUGAUUUCGAUGCAUUCGAGCGUGUUGCAAACCACUUCCAAGAGGAGGACGAUGAGGCUAUCCAGCAGGAGCUGAAAGAGGCCUUCAGAUUGUAUGACAAGGCUGGCAAUGGUUACAUUCCAACAUCAUCGUUGAAAGAAAUCCUCAUGGCAUUAGACGAUCAAUUAAACAAUGACCAAUUGAACGAGAUGAUUGCCGAAAUUGAUACUGACGGUUCGGGAACAGUUGAUUUCGAAGAAUUCAUGGAAAUGAUGACUGGCGACUAAAGACCCAACUUGGAACCCAGUGCAGUGGUUAAUGCAAUUUAUGGUAAAGAUGGUAGUUUCGUAUUUAUGCAAUGUAACAAAUUUAAAGUGAAUCUAAUAAAUGUACUUGUUUAAUUGUU